CACUUUUUAAACCAUCCUAAAACUAUUAAAAUCAUAAUAAUUUAGGUGAUAGGAAAGCUUAAAGUGUAGGCCUGACAUUAAUUAAAUAACGAAGACAUAUCGAAUGUCACAGAUAUCCCUCUAUUACAUCACUGGCAGCCAUAGUUUCCCAUCACUAACAGCCGGCACCUAUCGACGCAUGUGCCGUCACUAUGAUUGUUUACAAAUUUAUUCCGUGAACGCAUUAGAGUAGGCUAUGGCCGACACGAGAACAGGUCGGCAUGCCGCUGCUGCAGGCAGUAGUAGCAGUGGAAUUUCGGCACUGACGCAGAGCCCGGCCAACUUGGAGUGCAAGGACUUUCAGGAAUAUUUGCGAACGCGUCAAACGCCGGAAACGCUAGAAAAGUUGUACAACUAUCCGCCGAUCUGCUUGGCCGUGUUCCGGGAGCUGCCCGAGAUAGCCAGACAGUUUAUUAUACGGAUUCUGUUUGUGGACCAGCCCGUUCCCCAAGCAGUAGUUUCCUCGUGGGGUGCUCAACGAUGCGCAAAAGAACAAACGGACGCCACAAGUUGCCUGACUGCAUUGAAUGUGUGGCGGGUGACUGCCAUUCCAGGAGGGCUGUCUGCCUGGGAACUCUCACCCACAUUCAAGAAGAGCGUUCGCCAGGUGCUGUUGGGCGGCGGAAAGCCCUGGCCCAUGACCAACACCCUGGAGAAGGACUCCAAGCCAAGGGAUAUUAACUUUUUGGAUACGUACGCCAUGUCCCGCUGGCGCUGCGUGCUUCACUACAUGGUAGGUACUGGUAGUCGAAAUGGUGCCGAAACAGAGGCUAUCAGCCCAGAUGCCGUCAGGAUCUUGUUGCACGCGAAUCUUAUGAAGAGGGAUGAACGGGAUGGAAUCACUAUAACCCGCCAGGGUUUUCAGUUCCUGCUUCUGGAUACCAGGGCGCAGGUCUGGCACUUUAUGCUUCACUAUUUGGAUACGUGCGAGGAGCGAGGAAUGCCCCUGCCAGAAUGCCUCUCCAUGCUUUUCCAGCUUAGCUUCUCCACGCUGGGAAGGGACUAUAGCUCCGAGGGCAUGAACAAACAGAUGCUGGACUUCCUGCAACACCUGAGGGAGUUCGGUCUAGUCUACCAGCGGAAGCGUAAGGAGGGCCGCUUCUACCCCACCCGCCUGGCUCUCAAUGUGACCAGCAAGGAAGCCGCUGUGGCCGCCACCCUAACUACAGAUGAGGAGGGAGUUCAGGAAAGUGGGUACAUUGUGGUGGAAACUAACUAUCGGGUGUACGCCUACACAGACUCCCCACUCCAGGUGGCCGUUUUGGGCCUCUUCACAGAGCUACUCUACCGCUUUCCCAAUCUCGUAGUGGGCGUUCUCACCCGGGACUCGGUGCGCCAGGCGCUACGCGGCGGAAUAACAGCCGAACAAAUAGUCUCGUAUCUGGAACAGUACGCGCAUCCCAAUAUGCGGCUGGUGGAAUCGGCCAUCCAGUCGAAGUCAUGCCUGCCGCCGACCGUGGUCGAUCAGAUAAAGCUGUGGGAAAUGGAGCGCAAUCGGUUCACGUAUACGGAGGGCGUGGUGUACAAUCAGUUCCUGUCGCAGAAUGACUUUGUCACACUCCGGGAUUAUGCCCAAUCGAUCCACGUGCUGGUGUGGCAGAACGAGCGCACUCGGACAAUGGUGGUACAAAAGAACGGGCACGACGACGUGAAGAGGUAUUGGAAGAAGUACUCCAAGAGCGGAGGCUAGCAGCCGACUAUCAUAUAAGAUUUCAAAAAUCACAUCCAUUUUUCUUUCCAAGCUAAUAUUUUAAUAUAUUGCAAUAAGUGUGGGAGAAGAUCUAUCAUCGACAUAUAACGAGAAUAUUACAAUUAUCAAUUACGAGAAUAAUUAUACACGAAACCACGCUACAGCUUGACCUCAAAUGGGAUCUUAGGGCAAGUCGAUUUCCAUAGAACAUUAAUAAACAUUGAAAAAGGGUGUAAAGAUCACAGUAAGCCAAGAAUAAGUGUCUAAAAUAAAUUCAUAUUAUCUUCCCCA